GACAGUUUAUUUUUCCUAAGCAACUUGCAUUGCCAAUUCCAAAGAAUAGCUAAAAAUAUUUUUCCCAUUUCAUUAUUAUUGUGAUUAUAGUGUUUCGCCGUUUUCCGCAUUUACCGUUUUUAUUCAACGAACAGUCAUGACUGGAAUAACAGCAAUUACCGGAAUACUAACAACCAGAUACCUACUGCAGCCUGCUAAAACAACAUCGAAUGUGCUGUUACAGUAUACGGCCGUUCGAUACCGUCGGAAACCUCGGUGGCUCGGAACGGCCAAAAGCAAAUUGUUCCGUGUCCCAGAACGAAAACAGCAACCAGAGGAAGAAGUGGCGGAGCUCAAACGACUACACUACAAUUAUCACUCGCAGAUGAAAGCCGUCCGCCGCUUUCUGAUGGAUGAGGUCGAGGCGUUGAAGCUGGUAUCUCGUGCCGGUAUGGUACUGCAGACACCAGAGGAGAUUGAAGCCGAGUGGGAGCAAGCCCAACGCAUUAAUGAAGAAUGGAAUCGGGAAGUGGCAGAGAAUCGCGAUAAACGACUCUCGGAAGAACGAGAACAGCGUAAAAAAUACGUGCUGGAACGAUUGCUGGCGAAGGAACAGCGCGAUCAAGAAAGACAUGAACUAGUAAAGACCCGUGUUCAAGCAGAGAUAGAACAAUCAAAAAGUUUCAUCACCAGAGAAAAUAUAGACCAGGCGAUCGAGCUAGCGUUAGUGCAACCAAUCAGUUACAAUUUCGCGCUUGACUUAGAUGGGAAUAUUCACAGAGGUGAGAAAACGCCGGUUCAAACGAAUGAAAAUUGAUGAACACGUGUGAUAUAGAAAUGUAGUACAUGUACAUUAAAUAAAAACAAGUAGAUUGGUAAAA